CUGGAUUUAGAGUAUAUCAAGGAGUACAGGGCGUUGAGCUGGAGUAUAUGGUGUGGGAAGGCGAAGCCAAGUCUUCUAAGUGUGGAAUUUGGCGAGGACGGUGUAGGAAGAACUCGACCGGGGAGACCAAAAUCCGGCAUCAAAGCGGCAAAUUUUCGAAAUGUCCCACAGCCAUGUGCCUGCUCCACGUGAUGGUAACAACGAUCCUCAACCAAUGCAAGUCGCGUCUCAAUUUCCAACCACUAUCAUGUCGACGACCCCAUCAUCAUCCAUGCCUGUCUCAUCCGUACGGCGGUUCAAACAAGUUUACGUCGAAAUACCGCCUUCCCCGCUUCAUACUUCUCGUCGCCUUUCAAUUCCAUCGGUACCUUCUCGUCUGUUCUCCAGUAAUGUUAAUCGUCACAAAGGAAACACGCCUGUGCAGCAUUCCAUCAGCAAACAUGCGGCUAUUCCUUCGCAAAAACGUAAAGGCGGAUCAUCGUCCUUACAACUGCCAAUCAAGAAACCCCGAAUUGAACAUAUGAAUGAAGUUGGUCGGGGGAUAGAGACGGAAUUGCUCAUUCGGUGUCAUGAUUGUAGAGCAAAGCGCCACCCAUCGGAAAUCAUUCAAUGCACCUCCCUCUAUCAAAUUCCCUACAAGAUCCCGGUCACUCGUCGUUGUAGGACUAAUUAUUGUCGAAACUGCCUCAAGAACAAAUACAAUGAAGACUUCCAUCGAGUAUCUUCUGCUGCUUCCGCACAGAAAGAGAACGGUGAAACUGGAAAUGCGUACAUGUUCAAAUGUCCUAAAUGCCGUGGACACUGCAAUUGCUGGAAUUGUAGGCAUAAAGCUGCCCCGAAGUCAGCACCAGCGUUUCCCCAGGCCAAUGUCCCUCCGGAACCGGCUCUUGCGACGGUCAACGAUCUUGGUAGUGCCGCGGCAUCGAAAGGCAAAGCGCACAAAGUAAAGCUUGCUCCCAACGUCACUUGGUCCCCACUGCCUACUCAGCUCAAAGUUAACGACGCUGAAGACCGUAUCUUUAUUCGGGAAUUCAUUCUACGUUUCUCUGGUAUACCAGGAAUGGCUUUAACAAAGAACCAACUUGAGGAAUUGGAAUUCAUCGCGGGUACACAUGAUUUGAGUGACGACGAGAAUGACUAUGUUGACUGGGUCAGCGAGACUUGCGUUAAAUCCCUGGUAAUUUCUCUUAUCGGCGUGCUGGCUGCUGAAGAGGAUAGUAGCGCUACAUUGGUCAUGAAAAAAGCCAUACAAGACGUUCGUAAUUCGGGAGCGAAUCUCACCAAAAUCUGGACCGCUCUUUCCUCGCUGCGCGCAGCUUUGGGUCGUCCUGAGGAGGUCUCGGUGGGAAAAUUGCAGGCAGAAGAACCAAGUGACGAUGACGACGAAUCGUCCGAAGAUAGAAUCAUCCUCGAAUAUCCGGAUCCCUUACCUGCUCCAGCAAACCAUGAACAUAACGUUCGGAGCACCCGGUUUGCUGUUGCAGAUAUUUCCCUUGUUGUUCACAGUGCUCAAAUGAUUCCUGUCAUCCUCGGCUUGAUAGAUGCUGUCAUGGAGUGCCAUGCUAUUCGAGUCGAGCUCGAUAAUGGCACGAAGGAAGGAAGAAAGAGAUUUCGCGAGUCCCGGGAGGUUAUAAAGUUAGAGAACGAGUCGUGGAAGAGUUUAGAAGAAUCGCGGGAGCCAAAUGUCACGCCAUCUGAGAUAACAGCCCAACGACAUACUCAUAAAUCAAAGGUCCAAGACAUUGAAAAUGCCGCCAAAGUCCUUUCAUCUGCGUUUUCUCCGCGGUUCAGUCCUCUUGGGUCCGAUCCUGAAGGCAGACUUUACUGGGCGCUGACUCCAGGUGUAUCCGAUCGCGAGUAUGCUUUGGACUAUAUCGUUUCUCGAUUACCGAACGCGCCUAAAUCCAAGAGGCCCCGAAAUCGCAAACAACGACAACAGAGAGAAGAAGAGGAUAGUCAGGCGCUCAGAGAGUGGUCGUGGUUCAUAGCUGUGUGGGGCAAGAAACUCCAUGGCAACGGGGUCAACGAAGGAGGAGACGAGCCCCAGUGGUGGGGUUUCUGGAAUCCACAGGAGAUUCGUAAUCUGGCAGAGUGGCUCAGUAUCACAAACGGUCUGAAAAGUGACCCUUCUGACGGCAAUUCGACGCACUCUUGCAAUGACUUGAAGAUUCUAGUGAAGAGACUCACGGAGUACGCUGCUUCACUGGAAUGGAGAACUCAAGGAGAAGAGAGGUAAUUGCCUUGUUGGGUAGCUGUGCUCGGUCGGUCUUGCUCCCAUCUUUCAUGAUGCUUCAAUUAUUGCCAUUACUUAAAGCUUCACAUUAU